CUCUUUAACGCACAAAAACCCGUAUCAACAUCAAUACGGAGUUACUUCGUACACAUUAUCUUUUCCAGCUGGCCAAGUGGGGGGUUGCUAAACUGUCGCAGCAUAGAAUAUGGCUUUAGUUCCGUAGUCAAAACCCUUCUCCGUCUUAUCGUGUAUCCAUUUCGUGGCUUCGGGCAUGCUCCUCGAUUCUUCGAGCUGCUCACGGAUAUUAUUCUUGAACGUUAUCUUCUAGCCCUUUAGAGACCCUUCUCAGCUUACCCUUUUAUUACGCCCUAAGGACUUAUUGGUUUUACAGCUGUAGGCAAAGUAUCCUCAGGAAAAAGAUCAUGGCGUCGCAAAAUCAAAAGCUAUAGACCUUUCUCGGGCCACUUUUCUCCUCGCAUUUAUCAUCCCUUCCAGGUCGCCAAGAUCCUAUCAUAUAUUAUUUUUCAAAAGGAAGAUUUCGUUCGUUUCUGUCGCUCGUUCUUGCAUGGGUCCGUCCAAAGUCGGCGUGGUAGUCAUUUCUCUUCCCUCCCAUGAUCUUCUGAAAUGGGUUUCAUUAAAUCGUACUUUGCGCCGGGUCGUGCCAAGGAGGAUGAAAAUCAUGAAAAUCAACCAGCAACAGAACCCAAGGAAACUGGCCUGAAUAGCCCAGGAUCUAUCGUCCCCCCUCCGAUCCCAGACGCUGUUCUUGCCUCAGACGUAACAGCAUCGAGACGGCCGUAUUUGUCGCGAUCGGAAUCUGUAUCUACGAAUUCCAUAUUUCCUACAGGAGAUUUUAGGAAUGAUAAAGAGAGCAUCCUCCAUGUCAAAGCCGAUGUUGUUUGUAGUUGGUUAUACCAACAACAGCUAGAAAGGCAAUAUGCAACCGGCAUGCUCCCCGGUGAGGGUGUCGUGCUUAAAAAGGGAAAAAAUAACUAUACAUGUUGCCCGCCACAGCUUCGAGAUAUACCAUACGGCCUGUAUGACAUGUCGAUGGAACUGAAUGUCCGGUGCGCGAUGACCAUUAACACCAGAGUUAUUAAUGUUAUCCUUGCCUCGAAAAGGAAGACCUACGAUUAUAUUCCACUUUCUGAUGGCCUUCGCUUGCAGGUAUUACCCAGUAUGCGCGAGCUACCUGGAUGCCAGAAGCAUCACUUUGCUGCAUUCAUCCAGGAUCUUCAGAUCUUAGUUGUUUGGGACGAUGAGCCGAAGAAAGUUCUGGCAAGGGCCGAUGCCCUGGAAGCACAACUGAUGAAGAUGAUCUGGGGUCAUGGGGGAGAAGAGGAGGAGCAAGAGGAGGAGAAGGCCGAGCGAGCUGAAAAGAAUCCAGGUGUCGAUGUCGAGGUUACAGGGAUGGAUUUGGAGGCGGCAGCACCCGAACCAGAACAAAGGAGGAUCAAACUGAGCAGUUCAUGCAUCGUGGGCGCAACUCUGGCUCUCUGUAUAUGUUGUAUGGGUCUUGGUCUGAGAUCUCUAGCUUACGAGGUCGAAACGGACGGUUCGUAUGUUCGACUGGCACUCAUUGCUGUCAUCCCAGUCGAGAUGUGGGUGGCCAUGUUUUUCUUCCAAUCCCUGAUUACCAAUCUUUUCCAAACAUUUGGUCCAAUAUCUGCCGUCGACAAAAAUUCGAGGUUUUAUUCUGGAAAGUCGCCAAGGAGAAUCAACCGAGAGACCCAAAAUCUACCCCAUGUCACCAUCCAGAUGCCUGUUUACAAGGAAGGCUUGAAGGGUGUCAUCAUGCCGACCAUCCAAUCACUCAAGCAAUGUAUAUCGACCUAUGAGUUGCAAGGCGGUUCGGCUAACAUCUUCGUGAAUGAUGACGGAAUGCAACUGAUCCCGGAGGAGGAAGCCCAAACCCGACGCGACUUCUACGACGAGCAUAAUAUAGGUUGGGUUUCUCGGCCGAAGCACAAUCCGAAACCAGACGAUGGUAGCCGACCUUUUCUUCGGCGUGGAAAGUUCAAGAAGGCAUCGAACAUGAAUUAUGCCAUGAUGGUCAGCAACCGUGUUGAGGACAAGCUUGUCCAAGUUCCUAGAACGCCGCAUUGGUCUCAAACGGAUGAACUAGUCGCAUAUGAGCAAUGCCUUGCCGAAGUCCUACAAGAGGAUGAUGGUCGCACUUGGGCCGAGGGAAAUAUCCGUAUCGGCGACUAUAUCCUCAUCAUCGACUCGGAUACUCGUGUGCCACAUGAUUGCCUGCUAGAUGCUGUCAGUGAGAUGGAACAGUCUCCACAAGUGGCUAUAUUACAAUUUACAUCCGGCGUCAUGCGGGUAACUACUUCUUUCUUCGAGGGAGGUGUUACAUGGUUUACCAACCUCAUUUAUUCGGCGAUCACCUUUGUGGUGGCUAAUGGCGAUGCCUGUCCCUUUGUUGGUCACAACGCCAUACUGCGAUGGACUGCUAUCCAAGAUGCCGCUUCAUACCAGGACGAGGACGACUAUGAGAAAUUUUGGUCUGAAUCUCAUGUGUCGGAAGAUUUCGAUAUGGCUCUUCGACUCCAGUGUGCCGGCUAUGAUCUCAGAUUCGCAUCUUAUACCGGAGAAGGCUUCCAGGAGGGUGUCUCUCUAACAGUGUACGAUGAGUUGGCUCGAUGGGAGAAGUAUGCAUAUGGCUGCAAUGAGUUGAUGUUUCAUCCUCUUAGAUACUGGCUCACCCGCGGUCCUAUCACGCCUCUCUUUAGAACGUUCCUAUCAUCGAACAUUCACCUACCCAAGAAGCUCACCAUCUGCACCUAUAUCGGCACGUACUAUGCUAUCGGCGCUUGCUGGAUCCUGACCCUCAUGAACUACUUUUUAUCCGGCUGGUUUUUUGGAUUAUAUGACAAGUUCUACAUAGACUCGUUUGCCAUAUACAUUUCUGUCAUUGUUGUCUUUACAGGGUUUGGCAAUUUCGCGUUGGCCGUCCUGCGGUAUCGGCUGAACCAGCAAGGGCUCAUUGCAGCUUUCUGGAGCAAUCUCAAAUGGGUCCCGUUGAUGACUAUAUUCUUAGGCGGCUUGUCUCUGCAUGUGUCGCAAGCGCUCCUUAGUCACUUCUUCAGCAUCGACAUGACCUGGGGUGCGACGUCUAAGGAGUACGAAGAGGUCAACUUCCUCGAGGAGAUACCGCGCCUGCUCCGCCGAUUCAAGGGUACCUUUCUUUGGUGCGCUGCGAUGACGGCUUUACUCGUAUGCGGCGCUUUCGCGUUCCCCAUCGAGUGGAGAAUCAAGCACUUAGCGUCCAUAUGGCCGCUCGCCUGGAUCGUGGGGUGCCACUUCUUACUACCGGUUGCGUUGAACCCUGCGCUCAUGGUGUUCGCUUGGUGAUUUACGUGGGGGUUUUUAGGCUGCGGUAUAUAAAGUAGAUAGUCUGCCUCAUAGCGUUUUAGGGGGGGGGAGGGAGCUACGUUAUAGAAAUGAUGGGUUGAGAUUAAUACCUAGGUACUUAAUUUGGAUUUCUAGAAACAGUCUGUCACGCGGGAGAUGUGGAACUGGGGGUCGACGACUAUGACUAAUUUUAUCUCCUCGCGAGCUGAAAUCGGUAACUGAUCCGGGGUUUCCUGCGUUGGCAUUGAAGAUAUGCAUAUGAAUUAUAUACGUUAAACACGCUAUGAUAUUUACUAUUUAUAAUGCCUUCCCGAGAUCACA